AUGACAGCUUCAGCGAACAGCAUGCACAAGUAUAACGCCCACCAUAUGGUGCGGGAACUUGCCGAACACAACGAUUUCUUCGAUAUGCUGGUAGACAUGAUUCCCAGCAAACUUUACAUUGCCGGACAGUCCGGAGAUGACUACAAUCCCAACGCCAAGUAUCUCAAAAAGACUGCUACUGAUUCGAAAGAAGCAAGACGAGCCCAAGCCAAACAAGCCAAGCGUCGAAAGUUGGAUCCGACACAGGCGGUAGGAACGGUCGAAACCAAGAAACGCCUUGCGGAACAAAACGAGUUCCACCAAAACCAAGUUCUGCCGACCAUUGCCGUUCCGGCUGCCGCCGUCACCCCGCGCAAAGGUUCCGUCAAUAGCUCCAGCGAGACAGCAGUAGUAUCUCCGAACGUCUCGCGCAUGGAUGAAUUGCGGGCCCGGCUACACGCCAAACUCGAGGCCGCCAAACGCCAACGUCCCAACACGACCGCCACUACGCCCGAUGCGGUCAGUAAGCGCGCCGCUCGACGAGCCGAGAAACGACGUCGGCAAGAGGAAGCCCGCCAUAAAGCGGCAGCUUCCAAGUCGGUUGUCAAAUCGAAUUCCAGCAGCAAGUAUACGGUCGGCAGAGAUGCAAACAUUGACAUGGACCCGGCCGCUGAUUUGGCCAAUUUAGAUUUCGGUCGUCUCGCUGGACUCAAUUCGCAUACUAAAGAACAUUACAGCAAAAGCAACAAGGCGCUGGCUAAUCUAAGUAAGACAAAGAACCUCGAACGAAUGCUCGCCGAUGCGGAGGCGAAACGCGAACGAAUCGAAGCACUCAAAGCCUGCAAGGACGAAUCAGCACAGGCGGAAGCCAGGCAGAUAUUGUGGAAGGACACAUUGCAAGAAGCGGACGGUCAACGUGUCAAGGACGAUCCAAUGAAACUAAAGAAAGCACUCAAACGCAAAGAAGUCAAAAAGGCCAAAUCGAAAAAGGCGUGGAAAUCACGAAUGGAGAAUGUGUCGGAUGCCGCCCAAUCACGACAAAAAAUUCGGCAGCACAACUUGUCAGCACGCAAAGCGGGGGGUCAAAGCGGGGCCAACCUGAGCAAAAAGAAAAUUGCGGAUGCAGGUGAAGAUGGGGGUAGACGAUUGUCUCGUGCCGGCUUCGAGGGCCGGAAACAGGAUUUUCUGAACAAGGGCCCCGCCGCAAAAGCAGCUGACAAACCGAGUAAGGGAAAGAAUGGCAAACAAUAA